AGGGUGCUCAGAACCGGGAUGGGGGACACCCCAGGCAGAGGAGGAGCCCAGAGGCGGCGUCCGCACAAUCCUGGACGGUCUGAGAAGUAUGAGCUGAGGCCAGAAGGGCCCGCCGGCAUGGGCAGCCUCGCCUACCGAGAAGACCUUGAGGAGGAAGAGAAGAACUCAGGGUUCACCUGGGAGGUGAAGGCCAACAGCCGGGCCUACAACAACCAGUUCAAGGAGAAGGGCUUCCUGUGCUGGCAGAGGCGCAAGUACAAGACCAAUGUUAUCCACACGGCCAAGUACAAUGUCUUCUCCUUCCUGCCCUUGAACCUGUACGAGCAGUUUCGCCAAGUGUCCAACCUCUACUUCCUUCUUAUCAUCGUCCUCCAGAGCAUCCCCGAGAUCUCCACGCUGCCCUGGUUUACGCUCUUUGUCCCGCUUGUGUGCCUCCUGGUCAUCCGGGCCACCCGAGAACUGGUGGACGACAUCGGGCGACACAGGAGCGAUAGAAUCAUCAACAACAGGCCCUGCCAGAUCCUGGUGGGGAGGAGCUUCCAGUGGAGGAAAUGGAAGCAUCUGUGCGUGGGGGACGUGGUCUGUCUGCACAGAGACAGCAUCGUCCCGGCCGACCUGCUCUUGCUGGCCAGCACGGAGCCCAGCAGCCUGUGCUACGUGGAGACGGCCGACAUCGACGGGGAAACCAACUUGAAGUUCAGGCAGGCGCCGAUGAUCACCCACCACGAGCUGACCAGUGUAAGGAACAUGGCGUCCUUCCAAGGCAAGGUGGUGUGUGAGGAACCCAACAGCCGGAUGCACCACUUCGUCGGGUGCCUGGAAUGGACCGGCAAGAAAUAUCCCCUGGACAGCGGCAACAUCCUCCUGCGUGGCUGCAAGAUCCGAAACACAGACACCUGCUACGGACUGGUCAUCUAUGCCGGUUUUGACACAAAGAUCAUGAAGAACUGUGGCACGAUCCAUCUGAAGAGAACCAAGAUAGACCACAUGAUGAACAGGCUGGUGGUCCUGAUCUUCCUGUCCCUGAUAGUGAUCUCGGCGGGGUUGACCUUGGGCUUCUGGUACAAGGCAAAGGAGUUGAAGGGCAAGCACCACUACCUGCCCACCAACGAUAUGCCCAGCGUGGCGGCCGAGUCCUUCCUCAUCUUCUGGGGCUUCCUCAUCCUGCUCAGCGUCAUGGUGCCCAUGGCCAUGUUCAUCAUAGCCGAGUUCAUCUACCUGGGGAACAGCAUCUUCAUCAACUGGGACGUGCAGAUGUACUACGAGCCGCACGACACGCCAGCCAAGGCCCGCAGCACCAGCCUCAACGACCAGCUGGGCCAGGUGGAGUACAUCUUCUCCGACAAGACGGGCACGCUCACCCAGAACAUCAUGACCUUCAAGAAAUGCUGCAUCAACGGCGUCAUCUACGGUGGGGACCGCCCCCCCGCGCCCCUCCCCCGGGGCCCCGCCCGGCCCCCCAGCCCUCCCCACCACAGCCAGGACAGGCCCCGGGGUGCAGGAGGGGCCCCGGGGGGCUUCUGGGUCUCCUGGAUGCCCCCCCCCGCCCCCCGCCCAGCACUGCCGCUCACAUCAGAGCCCCAGCACCGCAGCCGUGUGGCUCGUCUCCCUUGGGGGUCCGCAGACUUUUCCUGUGAAGGGCCAGCCAGUCAAGCGGCCUGUCCCCUCACCGCCCCGCAGGAGAACCCCUACCUCUGGAACACGUUUGCCAACGGGAAGUCGUUCUUCCACAAUGCGGGGCUCCUGCAGGCCGUGCGCGGCAACCAGGACGCGAUGGUGCGGGAGUUCUGGCGGCUGCUGGCUGUCUGCCACACGGUCAUGGUGCAAGACAAGAACAACCAGCUCGUGUACCAGGCGGCGUCCCCCGACGAGGAGGCGCUGGUCACGGCGGCCCGGAACUUCGGCUACGUGUUCCUGGCGCGCACGCAGGACAGCAUCACGGUGUUGGAGCUGGGCGAGGAGCGGAAGUACCAGGUCCUGGCCAUGAUGGACUUCAACAGCGUCCGCAAGCGGAUGUCGGUGCUGGUCCGGAACCCCGAGGGCUCCAUCUACCUCUACACCAAAGGCGCCGACACGGUCAUCUUUGAGCGCUUGCACGUGACAGGCGAAGUGGAGUGGACCACGGAGGAAGCCUUGGCCUCCUUUGCUGAGCAGACCUUGCGGACGCUGUGCCUGGCCUACAAGGAGGUGGACGAGGAUGCGUACCAGGAGUGGCGCCAGCGCCACCAGGAGGCCAGCAUCCUGCUGCAGAACCGGGCCCACGCCCUGCACCAGGUGUACGAGGAGAUGGAGCAGAACCUCCAGCUGCUGGGAGCCACAGCCAUCGAGGACAGACUCCAGGAUGGCGUCCCCGAGACCAUCCAGUGUCUGAAGCAGGGAAACAUCAAAGUGUGGGUACUCACAGGGGACAAGCAAGAGACGGCGGUGAACAUCGGCUUUGCCUGCCGGCUGCUCUCAGAGGACAUGCUCAUUCUGGAGGAGAAGGAGAUAAUUCGGAUCCUGGAGGCCUACUGGGAGAGCAACAACAACCUGCUGGGAGGCGAGCAGUGUCUGAAGAACGCGUUCCUGCCACAGGUCAAGAUGGCCAUGGUCAUUAACGGCGAGUUCCUGGACCAGCUGCUGCUGUCGCUGCGCAAGGAGCCGCGGGCGCUGGUCCACAGCGUGAGCACGGACGUGGAAGAGCCCUGGCAGGAGCCCGGCGAGCAGAGGACCGACUUCCUGCAGGCCCGGCGGCUGUCGCUGAUGUGGCGGACCCUCGGGAUGCCGCUGAGGAGCACCGGGCUGGCGCCGCAGGCCAAGACCGCGCGCGCCCGCGAGAGCCCCGAGGUGCGGCGGGAGCGCGCCUUCGUGGACCUGGCCUCGCGGUGCCAGGCGGUCAUCUGCUGCCGGGCGACGCCCAAGCAGAAGGCCUUGAUCGUGGCGCUGGUCAAGAAAUACCAGCACGUGGUGACCCUGGCCAUCGGGGACGGCGCCAACGACGUCAACAUGAUCAAGACCGCGGACAUCGGCGUGGGGCUGGCGGGUAAGGAGGGCAUGCAGGCGGUGCAGAACAGCGACUUCGUGCUGGCCCAGUUCUGCUUCCUGCAGCGGCUGCUGCUGGUGCACGGACGCUGGUCCUACCUGCGCGUCUGCAAGUUCCUGCGCUACUUCAUCUACAAGACGCUGGCCAGCAUGAUGGUCCAGGUCUGGUUCGCCUUCUACAGCGGCUUCAGCGCCCAGCCUCUAUAUGAAGGCUGGUUCCUGGCGCUCUUCAAUCUUCUCUACACCACCCUCCCGGUUCUCUACAUUGGCCUUUUCGAGCAGGACGUGAGCGCUGAGCGGAGUCUGGAGUUGCCGGAGCUGUACAUCGCGGGCCAGAAGGACGAGUUCUUCAACUAUGGAGUCAUUCUCCAAGCCAUCGCCCACGGCACGGCCACCUCCCUAGUCAACUUCUUCAUGACCCUGUGGAUCUGCCAAGACUCAGGCGGGCCUGUCAUCUCCGGCGACUAUCAGUCGUUCGCUGUGGUUGUGGCCCUAUCGAGCCUGCUGUCCAUCACUGUGGAGGUCAUCCUCAUCAUCAAAUACUGGACGGUCCUGUUCGUGCUGGCCAUUGUCCUCAGCUUCUGUUUCUAUGUGGUCAUGACUGCACUCACCCAGAACUUCUGGUCCUUCCAAAUCUCCCCCAAGACCUUCUCGUUUCUGUACGCUGACCGCAACGUGCUGUCCCAGCCUCCCAUCCUGCUGGUGAUCCUGCUGAACGUGUCGUUGAACACGCUGCCUGUGCUGGCCUUCCGUCUCAUUCACCGAGCCCUCAAGAAGCCACACCCCAAGGAGGAGGUGGAGGCCCCAAGUGAGGAGAUCAUCACCGUGGAACCGAUGCCCUACCUACGCCGGGAGUCACGCACCCGGCGCUCUAGCUAUGCCUUCUCCCACCGCGAGGGCUACGCGGACCUCAUCACGCAGGGCACAAGUCUGUGGAAGACACCAGGGGUCAACAGUGACAUGCUGGCUGAUCAAAAGAUCCCAUCCGAUGAAGAACUCUCCUUGAGCAUCAAGGAGUCACCCUGGUUCUCCAGGAAGAUGUCAUUCCUGGGGAGGAAGAGGCGCCAGCACCGGGGGAAGGUGUCCUCCGAGGACACGCAGCCCGCCACCACGAUGAGCUCCUCCUUCACUGUGGAUGUGCAAUCCUCUUAUCUGGAUAACCAAGUGUCUCUCACCAGAAACGUGGCUCCCAGCACUAACUGGAAACCCAGAUCUUUCCAGGAGAAUUUGCCCAUAAAGCAGGAAAGGUCACUCUCGUAUGGGCAGUGGCCAUAUUCUCAUCCCAAGAGUCUGACACUGACCAGGAAGAGGCCACUCUCUCUUCAGGAGAUGCCACCAUCACCCAGAGAAAGCCAGCUGUCACUUUCUGAGAGUCAGCCAACGCCUUUGGGCCAGCUGUCUUUGGAGAGCCAGCCAGCACCCCUGGAAGAGAAGAAGGCCUUUUGGAGUGUCUCACGGUCAUCCUGGAAGAUCUGGCCUUUCUGGCAAAAGGAGCUCAAGUCCCCCAAGGAGGGGACAGCGUCACUUCCCAAUGAGACCCAUCCUACCCUGGUGGAAACUACGCCACCCUCUACGGGAGAAUCAUCCACAGAUGAGCAGCCCAUGGAGGUGGCGCCCUUGCCCUCGGAGGGGCAGCUGGUGCCCAGUGAGAGCCAAGUUCCACCUGACCUGGGGGGGCAGCUGCCCUUGCCUCACAAGGAGCAGUGA